GUCAUUUUUUACACAAAAGCUAUGGAAAAACUGUGCUUGCUCAGCAAAUCUCUUAUUCAAUUUUGAUUAAAUUGAUGCAAAUUACAAUAAAAAAAGAAGUUAAUACAAGCUUACCUUUGUGGUGGAUUUCAAUUGAGGAAUACAAUAAAUUAUGUGCAUUUGCGUGUUUUGCUGACGCAUGAAAAUCGAUUGCGUAGCAGAGGAAAAAAGAAAACACGACACAAAUAGUGCAAGUGCAAGAAGUGCAAACUACAAAAACAACAAUAACUACUGCGACGGCCUAAACAAGACGACGCAAUUUUCUAUACAAUUAAAAUAAAUAGACAAUUAAAUAAAGGGCAGUGGAGUGCACGUUUGUGAUCAAAUAAAAUGGGUAUAUUUGGACAAUCGUCGCCAUUCGACGCCGAUGUGGAAAAGGCCACCAGCGAGACGAAUACAAGUGAGAAUUGGUCCCUCAUACUCGAUGUAUGCGACAAGGUGACAAAUAAUCCACGUUUGGCCAAGGAUUGUCUCAAGGCGGUGAUGCGACGCAUGGGUCACACUGAUCCCCAUGUUGUGAUGCAAGCGAUUGUUUUGCUCGACUCGUGUGCCAACAAUUGUGGCAAGCCAUUUCACCUGGAGGUUGCAUCACGUGAUUUCGAAACCGAGUUUAGACGUCUACUCGGCAAAGCACAGCCCAAAGUUUCAUUGAAAAUGCGACAAGUGCUGAAGAAUUGGGCAGAGAAUGAUUUUAAGAAUGAUCCAGAACUUAAUCUGAUACCCUCGCUGUAUACCAAGCUACGGAUCGAGGGCCAUGACUUUAGUAAUCUGAAUGACAAGAGCAGCGGCAAAUCAGCAGCAGCCAAAGCUGCCGCAUUAAGUUUGGCCAAGGAUCCAAAUGUGGUCAGUAGCCAGCAGGAGCAGGAUGACAUUGCCAAGGCCAUUGAGCUGUCGCUUAAGGACAGCAAAAGCAGCCCAAAGCAACAGCAUACAGCCUCAAAAGCUGCUUCAGCAACCACCAGCAGUGCCUAUCCCUCGUUGUAUCCCUCGUUUGGCGGAAACUCUGUAUCGAACGUGUCCACGUCCAGCAAUGGCAAUGGAAAUGGAAAUGCUGGUGCUACAGCUUCUACACGAACUGUACGCGCCUUGUACGACUUUGAGGCUGCCGAGGAGAACGAGUUAACUUUCCUUGCUGGCGAUAUUAUUCAUGUGCAGGACGACAGCGAUGCCAACUGGUGGAAGGGCUACAAUGACAGUGGAGAGGGUCUGUUUCCCUCCAAUUUUGUCACUGCCGAUUUGUCCGUGGAUCCUGAGCGACUGGACAUCAAUCAACAGCAUAAAAAUAAUGCCCAAAAGCAGGCCGCAGCUGCUGCAGCCGAGGAGGAAGCCCUAUUGUUGCAACAAAAGACUGAAGCAGCUGCCGCACAGCCGGUGGAAAUCGAUGAGGCCAAAAUCGAUCGAUUGCUGCAUCUGUUGCACGAGGCCAAUCCCGAGGAUCCGUCGCAAGAUAGCGAGGAAAUGCUGCAACUUGAGCAGCAGGUGCAUCAAAUGGGGCCGCUUAUCGACGCCGAACUGGAGCGUGUGGAUCGCAAGCAUGCUCAGCUGACGCAGCUUUCCUCGGAUCUAGUCGAAUCUAUCAAUCUGUAUCAUCGACUCAUGCGUGAUGACCGUGCAGCGGCUGCACAAUUUGGUGGCCCUGUUGGAGGAGGUUUUAUACCUGGCGGAUUUCCUGGUGCUGCGAUUUAUGGAGCACCUGGUUAUCCCAAUGGUGUAGGCUUUCCGCCUAGUCAACAUUCGGCAUUCCCGGGCAUGCAUUCGCUGCCCUAUACCGGGCCACAGCCCAGCAAUGCGCCACCACCCACAACUGUAGCACCGCCUGUGGCUGGAUAUCCAAUGCCGUAUCAGAAUGGACAUGCGCCGCAGUUGAACUCAUUGCCGCCUCAUCCCACUCAUCCCCAGCCCUUGUACAACGGCCAGCCUACAGCAGUUAAUCCUCAGCAACCACCUACCAAUUACCACAUGCCAAUGCCUGCAGAUCAACUUCAACAGCAACAGCAGCAGCAGCAGCAACAACAAUUGCCAGCCAAUCUUCCUCCGCAAUUUGCCGCGGUGCCACCUGCAGCCACACAAAUCCAACAGCAGCCACAAUCGCUGCCACACGCUUACAUGUCCCCUCAGCAUCAACAGCAAAUUCCAUUGCAACAACAACAACAGCAACCACAGCAGCAGCAGCAGCAACCACCACAGCAGGCGCCUUUGCCACAGGCUUAUUUGCCGGCAGGCGCCACAGCGCAGCCGCCUCAGUUUUAUGCACCAAAUGGAGCACCUCCAGUUACACAGAGUUAUAUGGCUCCACAGCAACAGCAACAGCAGCAGCAGCUACCAUCACAGCAACAGCAACCACCACAAAACAAUCACAACGAUCAAUUUAGUCAGCUGCAACAGCAAAUGGCAGCCAUGUCGAUGACGCAUCUGGGAGGCAUGCCGCCGGCAACAGCAGCAGCGGCAGCACCUGGUUAUCAUCUUCAAAACGAUGCCGUCAAAAAUAACAUUCCUAUCUAUCAGCAACAGCGGUAAAACCGUUUUCAAACUCAAUCUUCAAACUGGUACGCUUUAAUUUGCCAACUAAACCCCCAAAUCAAUCAAUGUAAUCCUUAAUGAAAUUUAUGUUUUACCUUUAAAUAUUUAUUCACA